GUCACGGCCAGAGCUGGGGAGGAGCCGGGAAAGGCGGCCCCAUCCCAGAGCGCAGCCGGCGGCUUCAGGGAGAGCCAGGCAGGGCAGUCGGGGAGCAUGGGGGAGAGCGCGCUGGAGCCGGGGCCUGUUCCCGGAGCGCCGGCUGGGGGCCCGGUGCACGCCGUCACGGUGGUGACCCUGCUGGAGAAGCUGGUCACCAUGCUGGAGGCGCUGCGCGAGCGGCAGGGGGGCCUGGCUCAGAGGCAGGGCGGCCUGGCGGGCUCCGUGCGUCGCAUCCAGAGCCGCCUGGGCGCGCUGAGUCGCAGCCACGACACCACGAGCAACGCGCUGGCGCAGCUGCUGGCCAAGGCGGAGCGCGUGGGCUCGCACGCCGAUGCCGCCCAGGAGCGCGCCGUGCGCCGAGCCGCCCAGGUGCAGCGGCUAGAGGCCAACCACGGGCUGCUGGUGGCGCGCGGGAAGCUCCACGUUCUGCUCUUCAAGGAGGAGGCUGAAAUCCCGGCCAAGGCCUUCCAGAAGGCGCCGGAGCCCUUAGGCCCGGCGGACCAGGCCGAACCUGGCCCACAGCAGCCAGAGGGCGAAGGUGGGGAGAGCUCAGACGAGGAGGAGCCCGUGGAGUCCAGGGCGCUGCGGCUGCGGCGAGCCGGGUUGGUGUAUAGCUUGCGAAGGGCCUUUUCGGGCCGGAAAGGGCCUGCAGCGCCAACCCCUACGCCUGUUAAGCCUCCUCGCCUUGGGCCUGGCCGGAGCACUGAGGGCCAACCGGAAGCCCAGCCUGAGUCGGAGUCUAAGCAGGAGCCAGAACCUCCGCAGGAUACCGAGGAAGAUCCCGGGAGACCUGGGGCUGCCGAAGCAGCAGCGGCUGUGCUCCAAAUAGAGAGUGCGGCCUGAUGGCUGGUGCUGCCUGCCUCCCCCGCGCCGAUGCCUAGCCCCGAAAUAAAUCUUCCUCUCAGAAUGCAGCGUUCCCGCCCAAAUAAGGAGUGAAUGCUGCAUCCACAGCCCAGCGCUGGCCCUCCCUUCCUGGCUUCUUAAGCCCAGCACCCUGUGUCCUUUAAAAGAGCAGCCACUCACACCUGCUUACACUCACCGUCAAUAAAAGUCAUGGCACCUAA